CUUAUGUCAUUUGUAAACAAACGCCAGUGUUGGCACAUGACUGUCGCUAUCCUCUUGUCAUCCAAAUUAAAUAUCAUGGCAUUAUAAUACUGUAUGUUGGAUAACUGAGCGCUGCAAACGAGCUACUACGUUCGCAGCCAUGGCGGGACAUAGAAGAUGCUUCUUGCUGCAGAGUGUUUGAUUUGACGGCUUUUAAAGGCAUUUUGUUUACAUGCUCGAUGGUUACACUGUGAAUUUUAGAAAAACUCUAGUAUUAUCGAGUAUCUACCGGAAGUUUAAUGAGUGAUAUACAUGCUAUUUUGCCCAGGUGGACAAUGUCUCCGGUCGACGGCACGCGUGUUUGAGUUUGAAUUUGGACCAGGGAAAGGUGUUCUGAGGGUUUUCACACCAGAUAUUAAUGUCACCGUAAGAUAUCGUAACCCUUUUAAUCACGAUGUUUUCUUCGAAUUAAACAAGUAAUAUUUCUGCUGGCAUUGGGUAGGGAGGCUAUCCGAAAUCGAAGGACAAGAAAACACCUGCAUUACAUGGGGAUAUUUUUAUACCGGUUGGUGGCUCUAGCACUGCACACUCCCCUUGUCUGUGGCACCUCAAACGCCAUUGAAGUUGUCAGGAACUACUCCAAAGCCUAUGAGGACAUCGCCCUUCUGUGCAGAAGAGAGGAGCUCAAGUUCGGCACCUGCCUCAUUAACCGGCUGUAAUGUUACUAUAAGAAGGACUGUGGAAGGGAGUACAUGUUGAUGAAACUAAUCUGCUCAGUUCUGAUGAAAAGGGUGAAGGGGAUUUGAGAAGAGCCACUAAUGGCUGAAGUUGGGUUUCUGCCUCCUGAGCUGACAUGAAAGAGUUCCACCCCGUGUAUUUAAAAAUUCUAACGGGUUGAGGAUUAAAUAUUAAACACUGCAGACUUGAGAAUCUAUUCCUCCGCUGAGGAAUGAAAAUCUUGGGAGUGUUCCUGACCUGCGGUCCACAGAGAGUGAGCUCGAACCAGAGCAGUGCCCAUGAGUACCCAGACUGCCGUGAUGGGGGCAGCGAGGCCAGCCUGCUGGUGUCACCGCUGGUGGUGGCUGGCAUCGUCAUCGGCCUGGUGCUCUUCCUGUCCUGCGUUACCAUCAUCGUGGGCAGCCUGCGCAAAGACAGCCGUCUGCGCAACCCCCACCUGCGGGCCAGCUAUGCUCCGGAUGGCUUUUCGUACGGCGGCUCCAUCGGGGAGCUGAGGUCAACGUGUAUCGAGGAGUUCCCUCCAGCGUUUGACUUUGAUUCCUACGUGGAGACUCUAUCACAAGUCAAUGUGAUGUAUCCAGACUCCCCGCCUCACUAUGAUGAAUGUGUGGGACCAGGUGCGACACAGAUAUACGUCCCCACAGACGACCCCCCUCCGUAUUCCCUCACGGACCCCUGUCAGCGGGGCCACCAGCAGGCCACCUACACCAGCUUGGAGAUGGAGGAGCCGUCUGCUGGAGCCUCUUGGGUGUCCGCCAGCAGCGCCGCCGCCUCCCACUACCCAAUCGGACUGCACGAGCUCAGGCAGCAGCCAAUAUCCUCCAUCUCCCUGUCAGCGUUCCCCCUGGAGGAGGCGCCCCCGUACGAGGUGGUGGUGAGCAGGCAGAACCAGCCCAUCCCUCUGAUGCCCAUGGACCUGCUCAAACACCCCUCAGAAGACAGCCAUAGUCCCCAGAGAGCCCGGGCUGUCGCACACAGGAUCCUGUAGAGUUGACUGGGCUAGUCCUCUCCAAUGCUCUUUGUGCAGACAGCCACACACACACACACACACACAAACACACACACACACACACACACACACACACACACACACACACACACACACACACACACACACACACACACACAGACACACACACACAUACACACACACACACGCACCUCCCAGUCUGAGUAGGACAGCCUAACUCUCUUCUGCUUCUUCCAGUGUCCCUUUGUGCAUGACAGGCAGUAUCAAAAAGAGAAUUACUUUCUGGACCGAAGCUGAAAGUUUGGGUUGAACCUAAACUAAGUCGGCGCCUUCCUCUCCUUCCCCUACCUCUUGGAUAAGCUGUGUCCCCCAACUCUAAGAUGUUACCCGCACCACUCCUCACUCUAUAUCCCUUUACUACUGGGGCACUGCCAUGAAAUCACAGGGCUACUACUGGUAAACUGGGGCUGGGAGUAUGGUCUUUCUGUCCAGAGGGAAUUCACUUCAUACUGUAAAUUGGUCUCAGGUUAGGAGGCAUUCAAGCAUUUAGGAAGCAUUAUCAAAGUCUGUUUUUAGUACACAAAAAACACUAGAGGUAACCUGAAGUGGUUUCACAUAGAUAUUCUGUAUGUACUGUUGGAUUUUGUUGUGUUGUAAUGGAAUUGCUCUUGAUAAAAAACACCAUAGAAAGAAUGACUAAUUUCACAUUCCAUCACAUAUCCAUAUGGUUUUAUUAAUAUUUUCUACAUCAAAAUAAUAUUUGAUUUAUAUUUAGCUGACUUUAGGACUCCCACAGUCUGUAAAAUGUCCAGUAAUUUCAACUGAUAAAUAUACCCCAGUGUUAUACACUCUUAGAAAAAAAGGUGCUAUCUAGAACCUAAAAGGGUUCUUUGGCUGUCCCCAUAGGAGAACCAUUUGAAGAACCCUUUUUGGUUCCCAGUAGAAUACUUUUGGCUCCAUGUCGAACCCUUUCCAAAGAGGGUUCUACCUGGAACCCAAAAGGGUUCUACCUAGAACCAAGAAGGAUUUGCCUAUGGGGACAGCCAAAGAAACAUUUUGGAACCCUUUUUUCUAAGAGUAUUGGUAUUUUUUAAAUAAAUUAUUUUUGUGGUAUACGGUUUUAUAUGGUUUCUGGAUAUAAACACGUUCAUAUGAGCUGGAAAUUCUGUCUAUUCUCUAUAAUUAGGUUUCCCCUCUGGGGGCUGAGGUCCAUUUAGAUCCCAACUGCUCUGUUUCAGUCUCCAAACGUGCACUGCCACACAUUCCUCUUCUCUCUCUCACUACUCCUCUUUUGUGAAGAGCUUUUUUGAGUGUUCACAAGCGAAAUUACUAUGAACGUGACCCAUUCGCCAGUACAAUAUAGCUUGUAGCAGAGAUACAAUGGUAUUUGACAAUUGGUGGGAAGGAAAAAUUAUAUUUGCACACAGUUUACUGUGAUGAGGGAUUUAAUAUACUUUAGUACUGACAUUUUUGAUAUUAUAAUAAAUAAACAAUUCAUUUUUUCAAAAUAUUAUUCAGCCUAAACACAUUGUAUUUUUCAAUAUGCUGGAAUAUUUUUAAUGCUUCCAAAUUAUUAUUCAGUAUUUCGUUUUUAGUUGUGAGUAGUCAUUGUACAGAUAAACUGUCUUCAGUUUAACUGUUUUUACAUGUCUGUCAUCCAUGUAUAAAUGGUAUAAAAAUGACUGUGCCUGCCAAGCACUAAGUCUAAGACUGUUAGACUGCUUAACAUUGUAGCCACAAUAACUUGCAACUGAUUAACAAAUCAAGAGCUUUCCUUUUCCAAAUAGCUUGUUAUUUUUCAAGGCUUGUGUUACUUUGUUAAGUUAUUCAGAUAAGUCUAUGUUCAUCAUUGAAACCCCAGAAAAAGCACACUCAGCGGAAAAUGUGACAUAAUGUCCAUAUUUUGUGUAUAAAACCGUAUUUGUGGAGUCAAUGACCCCGUCACCUUUGCAUUUGGCCCCAGAACUUGGUAUCUCUGUUCCAGCCCCCCUCUCUUUCUCAUAGUCUCCCUCAUGUAUCUUACCAAAUCCCUUAUUGUGAAGUGAUAUCCUCACUGAUGAACCCUUAAAGAAUAUUUUAUAUAUAAAUUAGUCGCAUGAUUGCAUUGCUGGCAUUGUGGAUAAAAGUUAUAAAGAGAUGAGUAUUUAUUUAGAAUAGCUUUAACAAUAAUGUGUAUAACUGUGGAAAGACUACUAUUAAAUAGUUGUUGUGAGAUUCAACCGAAUGUAGAUGUCCUACAACACAGAUGCUUCGCACUAGACAGAAACGUCUAAAGAUGAAAGAUCAACAGGUUCUUUUUCUUGCGUUACAUUCUUGUGCCAAUCGUCAUGGAAUGGAUUUGACUUUGGGAGAGUUUGUUAAAUGGCUUUUAAAAACCAAAUGCUGUUCUCAUCACUUGUUAAUACAUAGUCUAUGUGUGGUCGGAAUUGUCAUGUCAAGCCCUAUAAAUAAAGCAAUGUUUGGGCUAAAAAUGAUGUGUUAAUAACUUGACAAUGAGCAUUUGUGCUUAUGGUUAUGUAGCUACUGCAAAUCUAGCGAUGCUAUACAAUAAUAAUGAUGGACUUGUGUUUCAUCAACUGAAAUCGAAAAGUGCAAUGCAGUGAAUAGUACAACGUAUUAGAUUGUGUGCAUUGUGACACACACAGAGGCAUCUAGAAAUGCAACUUUACCUGCCUUUACAAGUCAGUAGAAAUGCACUGUAACUGUGUUGGAAGACCUAGUCCAAUACCUGUUGAGGUAAAACUGCAAUGCGGUUCACUCUGGUCUUACAUGCUGUUUUGUCUUUGUUGUUUACUUCCUUUUGGUAGCACAAUAGGUACAUGUCCAACAUAAAUGUGAAUCAAUGUGUAAUACUGUAUAUGUACACUUCCAAUGUAUAGUUUCCCUUUAAGUCCCACUGUUGUGCACAACUGUCCUGUGUGACAAAGAUGAUUGUUUCCUAUAAUCACAGUCAUCAACGUAAAUCCAUGUUUUGUAUUAGAGCUUUUAUUAAUUUCUUAUAUUGGGGAAAGUAAAUAAAUUUGACCUCUAUGAUUUGA